AUGUCGGCGGAGGUCCCAACAGAGCCCGCGGGGCCUCUAGCCAGGCAAGUUGUGUAUUGCGGAGUUUGCACUCUUCCACCAGAGUACUGCGAAUUUGGUGGGACGGUCAAGAAAUGCGAAGAAUGGCUUCAGAAGAACCACCCUGAUAUGCACCAGAGGUUGUACUCGGAAGAAGCCCUGAGUGCCAACUUGUCUGCACUUUCGGUCGAUGCUCAGAAACGAGCAGAGAAGGAUGCGGCCAAGAAGACGGCCAAAGCUGCGGCGGCGGAACAGCGCGAGGCUGAGAGGAAGGCCGAGGCCAUGGUUGUCAUCAAAAGAGUCGAACGAAACAAGCGAAAAUACGUCACGGUGGUGUCGGGACUCGAGGAGCAUGGACUUGAUCUAAAGAAAGUGGCCAAAGAACUGGGCAAGAAAUUUGCAACGGGGAGCAGUGUCACUAAGACAGCCGCAGGAGGCGAAGAGAUUACAGUUCAAGGAGACGUGAGCGAUGAUCUGUAUGACUGGUUGGGAGAGAAGUAUCCCGAGAUCCCGGAAGAUAAUCUGGACAUGAAGGAUGAUGUGAAGAAAAAAGGCUGA